AUGAGCUUCAAAAUUGUGUUCAAACCCAAAGCUACAUCUAAAUUCAAAGUUAUACCUAAAUCCAAAAAUUCAUUUAAAUUCAAAAAUAUAUCUAAAUCCAAAAUCAUGUCUAAGUUCAAAAAUAUAUCUGCUCUUAAGACUCUUAUUAGCUCUGAAAAACUUAGUAUUCAGAAAGCUGCAUUAAGAUACAGGGUUGCUGCAAUGCCUUUAAGACAUGCUAAAAAAAAUGGCUUGCCUAACCAUUCUGGCCUUGCAACAAUUUUAAGUACCUAUGAAGAAAAACA